AAGCUUCAAAUUUUCAUCGGUUGCAGAACACAAAAUAAGAGGAAUUGCCUGAUUAUAGUUAUGGAAGAAGCAACACAAAUGAGUUCCGAGGUCCCUCUAGUUAAGGUCGUGAAUGAAGAAGUGACAAAGGAAGAUACUGUCAUGGAGAAAGGAGAGGAGGAUACAACAUUUGAUGGUGGAUUCGUAAAAGUUGAGAAAGAAGGGAUCAACGCCAAGUAUGAUGACGAUGAAAAAGCAGAGAAGCAAGUCGUGAUUGAAGGAAACUCGAACGGUGCACAAAGAGAACUACAUGAAUCGCAAGAAAAGGCGAAAGAAUUGGAGUUGGAAUUGGAAAAAGUAACAGUGGAACUGAAACGGUAUGAAUCCGAGAAUACCCUUUUGAAGGACGACAUUUCUUCUACGAAAGGGAGAUUAGAAGAAACCGAAAAGAAGCAUGAAGAGCUUGAAUUGGUUAAAAAGAAGCUGCAAGAGCAAAUUUCUGAAGGGGAAGCAAGACAUAGCUCACAGUUGAAGUCUUUGGAAGAUGCUUUGCAGUUACAUGAUGUUAAACAUAAGGAACUAACUGAAGUUAAGGAAGCUUUUGAUGCGUUAGGCCUCGAGCUUGAGAACUCGAGAAAGAAGAUGAUAGAGUUGGAGGAAAGGCUAAGACUUUCUGCUUCAGAGGCAGAGAAAUUUGAAGAGCUGCAAAAGCAAAGUGCAUCACAUGCUGAUGAACUUGAAGAGAAACUGAAGAUUUCAGAUGAAAGAUUCUCCAAAAUAGAUUCUCUUCUUUCUCAAGCAUUGUCCCAAAACUCUGUUCUUGAGCAGAAACUGAAAUCUUUGGAUGAAUUAUCCGAGAAGGUAUCAGAACUAAAAUCUACCUUGAUAGUAGCUGAAGAGAAAGAAAAAAAGUUGACUAUUCAGAUGCAGGAAUACCAAGAAAAGGUAACUAAGCUAGAGUCGUCUUUGAACCAAUCAUCGGCGAGAAACUUAGAGCUUGAAGAAGAUUUGAGAAUUGCUUUGCAGAAAGGUGCAGAGCAUGAAGAUAUUGGAAAUGUGAGUACUCAGCGCAGCGUUGAGCUACAAGGUCUGUUCCAAACAUCUCAGUCACAAUUAGAGAAAGCAGAAGAAAAAUUGAAAGACUUGGAGGCAAUCCAAGUGAGAAACUCGAGUCUUGAAACUGCUUUAAGCGUUGCAAUGGAGAAAGAGAGGGACUUGUCAGAAAAUCUUAAUGCUGUGAUAGAGAAGCUGAAAUCCGCUGAAGAGAGACUUGAGAGGCAAGCAAGAGAAAUAGAUGAAGCUACCACAAGAAGCAUAGAGCUUGAAGCUUUGCAUAAACACUCAGAGCUUAAAGUUCAAAAGGCUAUGGAGGAUUUCAGUAGCAGAGAUACAGAGGCCAAGUCUUUGACUAAGAAAUCAAAAGAUCUCGAGGAGAAAAUCAGAGUAUAUGAAGGGAAAUUGACUGAAGCAUGUAGUCAAUCACUUUCUUUGCAAGAGGAACUUGAUCAAUCGUCUGCGGAGAAUGAAUUACUAGCAGAUACAAACAACCAGCUCAAGAUCAAGAUUCAAGAACUUGAAGGAUAUCUGGAUUCUGAGAAAGAAACCGCAACCGAAAAGUUAAACCAGAAAGACACAGAAGCUAAAGACUUGAUUACAAAGUUGAAAUCCCAUGAAAACCUAAUCGAGGCGCACAAAAGGCAGGUUCUUGAAGCAUCUGGAGUUGCUGAUACUAGAAAAGUGGAGCUAGAAGAGGCUCUACUGAAACUUAAGACUCUUGAAUCUACAAUCGAAGAGCUUGAGAAAGAAAAUGGAGAUUUGGCUGAAGUGAAUAUAAAGCUGAACCAGAAACUAGCAAAUCAAGGGUCAGAGACCGACGAUUUUCAGGCAAAGCUCUCUGCUUUAGAGGCUGAAAAAGAUCAAAAAGCUAAAGAGCUUCAGACAACCAUAGAAGAUCUAACAAAACAGCUUACUUCUGAAAGAGAAAGACUACGAUCACAGAUCUCUUCCCUUGAAGAAGAGAAGAACCAAGUCAGUGAGAUAUAUCAGAGCACAAAGAAUGAGCUUGUAAAGCUUCAAGAACAACUCCAAGAAGACAAGACUAAAUCCGAUGAUAUGGUAUCAGAAAUCGAGAAGCUCAGUGUCGUGGCUGCUGAAAAGUCGGUGUUGGAGUCAAACUUUGAACAAGUAGAAAUACAAUUGAAAAAAGUCGAAGCUCAGUUGAAAGAAGAGGUCGAAAAAGUUGCAGAAUUGACCUCAAAAUUGCAGGAACAUGAACAUAAGGCGAGUGACCGAGAUGUGCUUGACCAGCAAGCAAUUCAACUUCAUAAAGAGCUUCAAGCGUCUCACACAGCUAUUUCUGAACAGAAAGAAGCAGUUUCUCAGAAGCAUUUGGAGUUGGAAGCUACUUUAAAGAAAUCACAAGAAGAGCUUGAAGCUAAGAAAUCUAUAAUUCUUCAUCUCGAAUCGCUGUUGAAAGAGCUUGAACAGAAAGUGAAGCUUGCAGAUGCUAAAUCUAAGGAAACUGAGUCUACGGGAAAAGGAGAAGUAGAAGUGGAAUCUCGAGGCAUUGACUUAUCUUUUUCAACUCCAACGCAACGUAAGAGCAAGAAGAACUUAGAUGCUUCUCCUUCGCAUUCGCCUUCUUCGGGAAAUGUUACGACUCAGAAAGCUGAAACAUCGCAUCUCAUGACAUUGAAGAUCGUACUUGGAGUGGCUCUUGUGUCUGUCAUUAUUGCAAGGCCACAUGUUGCAGUAUCAGCACAAGAAUCUGAUUAAUUCUAACAUUGUUGGAAAUGGUUCAUCGAAAUUGAAUUGAAAAAUCAUAAAGCCGUUAGAUUAAU